GGCGGCGGAGGAGGCGGGGGUGGCGUGCCGACCGGUCGGCCCGGGUCACGCGCCCGAGGGCGAGCAGAAUGGGCUCGGGGCGCUCGGGUGUCGGCGGGAAGCUAGAGUACCGACUCCCAGCCAAGGGCUCCACUCGGCCUUCUGGGGGCGGGGGGCGCGCUGCGCUUGAAGACACAUAAAGCACGAGCUAUGUGCUAGGAGCACCCUGGGGAACUUGACCAUGAGUAAGAGGAGCACCCCUCCUCCCCCAGUUCAGACCACCUGCCUAGAGAAAAACAGGCCAAGCGGUGCUCACUGGAUAGGCAUACAGCCCCAAGAUCACCUUUGAUCACCUUCAGACAAGCUAUGCAUGCCAGAGGUCACCCUGGCCUACUGACCCCAGCGCUGCCUCUCGCCUCCUCCGUCCUGAUGCUGCUCAUGAGCAGCCUGUGGCUGCUGGGAGCCGGCCCCAGCCUUGUCCUGGCCCCAGAGCUGCUGCUGGACCCUUGGCAGGCGCACCGGCUGCUGACACACGCCCUGGGCCACAAGGCCCUCCCAGGGCUGCUGCUGAGCCUGCUGCUCCUGCCCACGCUGGGCUGGCGGCAGGAGUGCCACCUGGGCACACUGCGGUUCCUGCAUGCCUCCACCCUCCUCGCCCUGGCCUCCGGGCUGAUGGCUGUGCUGCUGGCAGGCCUCGGGCUGUCCAGUGCAGCCGGGGGCUGUGGAUACAUGCCUGUCCACCUGGCCAUGCUGGCGGGGCAGGGUUACCACCCUAGGCGGCCCCGUGGGGCACUGCCACCAUGGCUCCUGCCGUGGCUGCUGCUCGCCCUGACACCACUGCUCAGCUCCGAGCCACCCUUCCUGCAGCUCUUCUGCGGCCUCCUGGCUGGCCUGGCCUACGCGGCUGGGGCCUUCCGGUGGCUGGAGAUCUCUGAGCAGCGGCUGCAGGCACUGCAGGAGGGUGUCCUGUGCAGGGCCCUGGCGGGUUGCUGGCCGCUCCAGCUGCUUCCCACCCCAGGCAGCCUGGCUGAGCUGCCUGUCACCCAUCCUGCCGGAGUGAGGCCGCCCACCCCUGGACCUCCUUACAUGGCCUCUCCUAGCCUCUGGCCCGUCAGUGAAGGCUCAGCCCCGCUCCCACCAGGCCUGGGGCCUGUGCAGCCGCUCUGGGAGGGCUCCUCAGAGGUGGAACUGGCCUGGUCUGGGUCCAGCUUCUCCCCAGGGACCCCACUGUGGGCAGCCCUAGACGAGCAGAUGCUGCAGAAGGGGAUCCAGGCCUCGCUCCUUGAGGGGCCAGUGCAGGGUCCCGAGAGCCCACUCCGGCUGCCUAAGUCCUCUGUCUCCUCCCUGCGGCUGCAGCAACUGGAGCGCAUGGGCUUCCCCACGGAGCAGGCGGUGGUGGCCCUGGCAGCCACAGGCCGUGUGGAGGGUGCCGUGUCACUGCUGGUGGGCGGGGAGGUGGGCACCGAGGCGCUGGUGACUCAGGGGAGGGGUGGACCCACCCACCCUGAGGGUCCUGGGCCCCCCUAGCACAGGCAGGCUCUCAGGUGAGAAGAAGCCUGGCCUGUCAGAGCCCAGCCCUGUCUGCUGAGAGUCAGGGUGGGUUCAGGGGUGGCCCCCCAGCAUCCUGCCCUGGUACUGUUUAGAAUAAAAACCAGUUCACUUUUCAACCU